AUGUUCUGUCUCAUCGAUGAAGCCACUGGUGAACGCCUUUGCCCUACCGAGGAGCUGCAGGAGGUUGAACAGCUCGUGGAUCUCCGCCAGUCGCCGCUGUUGGCAGCGAAUCCGCUGUUCAGCACGGCAGCCGAUAUGACGUCGCUCCGUCACUUGCACGAGGCCGCUCUGGCCAAGAACUUGGAAGACCGCUCAGCACUCCAGAACCAACGUCCGUACACGUUCAUGGCCAAUGUACUGAUUGCUGUCAACCCUCUCCGCCACUUAUCGGAGCCGGACAAGAUGCUGUUUGUGGGUCAACCACUGGACAAAUGUCCACCGCAUCCGUACAGCGUGGCAGAAAACGCUUAUCGUCAGCUCUGUGCGGUGCGUGCAGUAAUGCAGAACCAGAGCAUCAUCAUCAGUGGAGAAAGUGGCUCUGGCAAGACCGAGACGUCCAAGAUCAUUCUGGACUUUUUGACCAUGAGAGCAGUGCACAGCCCAGCCCUAUCGUCGUCGAUGUCCUUUACUUCUGAUGAAGAAACUGAUCCAGAACCGGAGCUGACAGCCAAGAAUCGAACAGUGGUAGGAUGCAUGGGUCCACCUCGCUCGUCAACACUUGCCAUGUCGUACCCCCAGUCAAGUGGCAAGGGCAAGUUGUCCCCUGUCGCAGUGGGGGAGAGACUGAUGGAGACGAUCCCGAUCUUGGAGUCGUUUGGCAAUGCCAAGACCCACCGCAAUCACAACUCGAGUCGAUUUGGCAAGUACAUGAGACUGCAGUUCGCUAACGAGACCCAUGAGCUUUCAGGUGCCAGUAUUGACACGUAUCUGCUAGAGAAGAGUCGACUGGUGUUCCAGCCGCAGGGUGAGCGGAAUUUCCAUGUCUUUUACGAACUUCUGUAUUCAGACGACACGGAGUGUCUGGAGACGACUUUCCACUUGAAACCAAAGACGCCAGAGGCUUAUUCCUACCUGAACCAGUCGGGCUGUUUGCGCUCGGAUCUCAUUGAUGAUGCAGAGAACUACCAAAACCUGAAAAGUGCGCUGCAGUUUAUCGGCAUUCGCGAGAGCACGCAGCACGAGAUCUUCCGCCUUGUGGCAGGUCUGCUUCAUAUGGGCAACAUUAAAAUCAGCCAGGAAGACACGGAAGAGGGAGAAACUGCUUGUAUCCGUGAAGAUGAUGUCGAGUCUCAGGAGGCGGUCCGCCAUGCUUCGGAGCUCCUGGGUGUCUCCUCUGCGAAACUGACGGACAGCAUCUUGUUGAAGCGGAUCAUGACUCGUGGAUCCCGACGCAACUCGAUUUACUUCAUCAAGCGUGAUGUUCGGAAUGCCGUCUAUUCACGCGACACGAUUGCCAAAACAAUUUACGAACAUACUUUCACGUGGCUCAUGUGGAAGUGUGCUGCGGCUUUGGACUACGACUCGUUCCGAAGUGAUGUGGUGCCUUACAUUGGUGUGCUCGAUAUCUUUGGUUUCGAGGACUUUGAACCUAAGAACCGGAAUUCGUUUGAGCAGCUGCUCAUCAACUAUGCAAACGAAACCCUACAGAGUUUGUUCAAUACCUGCAUCUUCGAGGCUGAACAGGAGCUGUACACGAGCGAACACAUCUACAACCCGACGAACCAGUCGCUAUUGUUUCCGUUCCCUCUCGCCGGUCACGGGCACAUGAUCAAGGAUCCAGACAACGAGAACGACUUUUUGGCGAAGCAAGUUGUACCUAGUGGUAACCUCGUGGCCUACUCGGACAACCGCGAGUGUCUGAACCUGAUGGCCAGUCGCCACGGUGGCCUAUUCGCAACAAUUGACAAUGUGUCGCGGCUUCCCAUGCCUUCUGACCGCCAGCUGAACGAGCGCCUUCACACUCUUUUCAAGCGUCACCCGUGCUUCCCUACACCACAUCCGAAGGAUAUCCGUGACACGUUUCUGAUCCACCACUAUGCCGGCACCGUUUCCUACACAAUCAACUCGUUCAUUGAUAAGAACAACAACAUCGUUUCCGACCAGUUUGAAGAGCUCCUGAAGAGUUCGUCGUCACGUGUACUGCAGGACUUGACUGGUAACACUCACAAUGGCAACCGUGCACGCUCAGCAUCUAUCGCGUCGGUUAAGUCCGCUGAGCUAUCGCCAUUGGGAGGUGGCUCCGCAUCCUCCAAGCGUCUCAAGGGAGGCAGUACGUCUAACCUAUUUUCUACGCAGAUGAAGGGUCUUACCACCGAGCUAGAGGGGACAAGCUGCAACUUCGUGCGUUGCAUCAAGCCAAACACACAAAUGAAGGCUGGACUGUUUGACCGUCCCUUUGUCGUGGAGCAAUUGCGGUGUUCAGGCACCGUGCAAGCGUGCGAAGUCCUCCGUGUCGGCCUACCCACCCGCAUUUUGUACGCCGAAGUUGUUGACGUUUAUCGCAACUUGCUGCCGUACAAGGUCUUCUGCCGGUUUGAUUCGAACGACAAGCUCUUUACACAGGCGAUUUUGUGGGCCUACGACUUCCCCACUGCUGCCUACCGGUUAGGUGACACCCGCUUGUUCUUCUGUACCGGCAAAAUCGAUCUGCUGGACAAGCUCCUCACCCCAGCUCCAGUAUCGACUGAAAACUUGGGCAAGCAACUGCUACUCUAUCUGCGCAAAAAGCGCUGGAUCAGUUUGACCACUGCCGUGGUCACUUUUAGCGCGUUCAAGCGCAUUUUUGAGCGAGUUCGGUACCGUCGCCGUGCCACGACGAUCCAGUGCUUGGUGCGUCAGCAUCUUGCUCGAAAGCGUGUACGCAAAAUUCGUGCGCAUCGACGGAUCAAUAGGUUGUGGACUCGGAUGUCGCACCAAGCACAGAUUAUGCGCGCGUACCAGGACCGCCCGGAAGACAAGAUGGUGCUGCUUGACAAGCUGCUUGCCAAGAAUUAUCUUCCCGUUCAGCAGCGGUGGUUGCUGAAGUGGCUGGGUCCACUGCAGCGUGUCAUUUACCUACAAAAGCGCUGGAAGAAGAUCACUGCGCAAUACAUGGCCAAGCGUGGUUUCGUUUGGCUCUACGAACGUGUGCGGCGUACGCGCAGUGCUCUACUUGUGCAGUCGUGUGCUCGGGCUAUGAUGGCCAGGACACGAUUUUUGGCGCUCAAGAAGAAAGCUCUUGCUCGGAAUCGCUGGCGUGCUGCGUGCCUGAAGGUCCGAGUCUUUUGUCUUUUCACUCGACAAUUGCGUCUGAUUCACGUGGACCGUUUGGAGAAGGACAAUGCAAGCUUGGUGCAAAGUAUGACAGCCAUGUCAGGCAAGAUGAGUAAAGCCCAGGAAGAAGCGAGGGUCGUGAAGCUGCAGUUGAAGCAGCUGCAGGUGUCGUACAACGAAGUGAAAAUUGAAGCCAAGCAGCAGCGAAUGCGGGUGGAAGAGCUUGAGCUGGCUUUGCAGGCUAGACGAUGUGAGGUUGCGGAGCUACGUCGACAGACCAAACGGGACUGCAGUCUCGUCGAGCGCAUCAUCCGCUUUUUUACGUGCAAUUCCGCCAUCUCUCCACCUGCUUCACCUCUCGGCAUGGUAGCACCUUCUCGGUUGCAGACAUUGAAACGGCAGGCGCAGUCAGCUUCAGAAGAGACGUUUGACAAGGCUGAGCCGAUCGUUUGGGCUUUACCGCUGGGUGAAGCAGUGAUGAAUUUGCAGGAAGAGGACGGAACUGGUGUCAAACGGCGUGUCAACACCUCAGCUGAGAGUGAUGAGCCCGCACAGGAUUUGGAGGAGGAAGAGUUCCGUACCAAGGACGCCGACAUGCUGUGGUCUGUAUCUCGGUUCAUGUUUUGA